AUGAAAGCCAUUCAUAAACUCAAUGAGGUAAAAGCCGAUAAUCUUGGUUUCUACGCCUGUUCACAAACUUCAAGGGAGAAUGAAUUAGACUUUGUCAUCCAAAUAUUUUGUCCUAGCCAACUCGACUACUCACAACAUGGCCGACCAGAAAAAAUUUCACUUGAACAUAGGAAGAUCAAAAGUUCAUCUAAAUUCUGUUUUAUUUUAACAAUUUUACUAUGUGGUGAUAUUCACAUCAAUCCAGGGCCUAUCAAACACCCCUGUACAGAUUGCAAAAAAUCAGUGAGGUCAAACCAAAAGGCCGUUCAAUGUGAUUUUUGCGACAACUGGACUCACCUCAAAUGUACAAACAUCUCAAAUACACAAUAUCACAUAUUAUCAACAUCAGAUGAUACAUUUUAUUGCUAUGAAUGCAGCCAGCGACUUCCAAACUUUACGGAAUCGUUUUUUAAUGACACCUUUAGCCAGAGCUGUAGUACCAGUUUUAACCUAUCCGGGAGUUCACAAAAUGGGACAAUAAAUAUUGUAAACAGUGACUCGGGAGAUGAACAUCAGUAUGAUAUCUUUUCAGAACUUAAUGAGGCACGAAGGAAACACCCUGAUACAUUUUCGUGUGCAUACCUUAAUAUCAAUAGCCUAAGAUACCAGAAUACAGCAGAUCUACCACAUGUAAGAACAACUGCAUAUGGCCUUCAAUCGUUCAGGUAUGCAGGUGCUAGGCUUUGGAAUGAGCUGCCAGAUGAGCUUCGUAAGCAAUCAUCUUUAAAUCAAUUCAAGAACUUGAUAAAUUCUUGGUCUGGCAGCUCAUGCCAAUGCUUUGCCUGCAAAACCAGUUAAUCUCUGCUUAUUAUUUUUUGUUUUGUUGCUUUAUUUUCAGCAUGGCAAAUUUAUUCUAAUAUCUUUACUAUAGUGCUUCUGCUGCUUUUGUGCUAAUUUUAGAAACUUAAUGUGCUUUUAUGCUUUUUAUGUGCAAACCAUUUCAUUUGUGCUUUUGUGUUUUUAUCUCAUAAUUGCAUGUACCAGUAUGUGUUAAACUUGUAAGAUGCUUUAAGAACUUUUGUGCUGCAUGUUUAUAUACUGAUUGAACUCUUGCUUUAUAUGUUUAAUGUUGUGUGCAUGACUCGAUAUGUAUGUUUUGUUUUAUUUGUUGUUAUGUCGGUUUUAAAAGCUCUUCAGAGCUUAUGUUUGUAAUUGCUUGCUUAUACCGACUCUAAAUAAAGCUUUAUGUCUUAUGUCUUAUG